GGUAAUAUAUUGACAAUACUGUCCGAUAUCCUUACUCUGACUUUCUCCUCAUCUCAUUCAAACAACCUAGACGACGAUCGUUGAACAGAAUUGUUGAAACGGUUAUAAGUGAACGUUUUCUGUUGAUAAAAUGCUGUUCAAAGCCAUCUUUAUCGUGGUGGUACUCGCCAUGUUUUGGGGUGUUGACGGUAGAGAUGACGAGCACAACGGUGUAGUAAAACGAGGCACCUUGAACAAGACAAACCAAGACUUAMAGGCACUGAGCGAUGUUGUGAAAGCUUUGAAAGAAAGGAUGAAGAUUCUGGAAACGCGACAAGGAUGUUGCAAGGACGGAGCACCGGGUAAACCAGGAAAAGAUGGGCGUGAUGGUAUACCAGGAAAAGAUGGCGCCGUCGGUUCACCAGGCUCACCAGGUCCAAGAGGACGAGAUGGUCGUGAUGGCCAACAUGGCUCCUCAGGAACACGAGGCAGUCCUGGUUUGCAAGGUCCACGUGGUGCUCAGGGACUGAGGGGUCUUCCUGGUCCCAAAAGUGGCGGUGUUCAGUACAUUCGCUGGGGGAGGACUUCGUGUCCUUCUGGUGCUAAUCUCGUCUACAAAGGUCGUGUAGGGGGAGAGCACUACAGCCAUCCCGGCGGGGGUUCCAACUAUGUAUGCCUAACAGAGUCCCCCAAGUACGCGAGCUACAACGAUGCUCAUCAAAAGUAUUCAGCCUACAUGUACGGUGCUGAGUAUCAAACUAAGGAAAGCUACAAUCCAUUUUCACCCAACCCUCACGAUCACGACGUCCCUUGUGCUGCAUGCUUUGUUCCAAACCGCAAUGCUAAAAUGAUGAUCCCGGCAACAUACGAGUGUCCCCCGGGAUGGUCCAAAGAGUACUGGGGAUAUCUUAUGUCAUCGGAGUACCGUCAAAACAGCCAGAAAGAUUUCAUUUGCGUUGACAAAGAUCCAGAAGUCGUCAAAGGCUCGGUUCACAACCAUAAUGGUGCAUUGUUGUACACCGUGGAAGGAAGGUGUGGCUCUCUGCCUUGUCUUCCUUACGUGGAAGGACGGGAACUGACAUGCGCAGUCUGUACCAAGUAAAACUGGAGCAUGCGCAAAAUGAACCAAKUGUUACGGUCGCAUGAGCAAUAAUAUCUUGACCAAUCCUAUUCAAAUAAAAAUAUGUAGUUAAUUGAAUAGAAAAUAGAGCUGAUUCAAAAUGA